AUGGGCAGAACACUCGACUCGCCUGAGCAGCGCAAUUACUUUGCGGUGGGUGACAAACACGAGUUCGACCCUGAAAGAUGGACACCCAACGGUGAUGCUGCAGAACAAGAUCUGCUGCCCAAACGCGAACCAGAAACGCAUGUCAAAGUGCUCAUCGUAGGUGCGGGUUUUGCCGGCCUGAUGGCGGCGCUCGAGUGCUGGAGGAAAGGCCACGACGUGGUGGGCAUCCUGGACCGGAACCAGGGCCCCAACUUUAGCGGCGACCUCAUCAUAAUCCAACCUUCGGCCCUGGAGGCGGUGAGGCACUGGCCGCAGAUGUGCCGCGAGCUCGAGGAGGACAAGGUCACGGCGGGGACGUACUACUACCGCCACGACGGCGAGCUCAUCGACGGGCCCGCGCAGCCCAACUACAAUGCCCCGGAGCAUGUUGCCGAGCGGCAGCGCAGGCUUGGGGAGUUCCCCUACUGCGGCGCCGUGCAGAUCCGAAAGAAGUUCUACCGCAUGCUGCUGCGUCAGGUCGCUCGUCUGGGCUUCACGGUUGAUUACGGCCGGCGCGCCGAUAGCUAUUUUGAGGACGAGAAUGCCGGGCUGGCUGGUGUCGUCUUGACUGACGGCUCAGUGCGAACGGCUCACGCUGUCAUUGCGGCCGAUGGGUUCCGGUCACGCUCAGAGCUCCUGAUAGCUGGCGAGUACGCGCCAACUCGAUCCAGCGGAAUGUCGGUCUACCGCACAGCGUUCCCAGCCGAGCUGGCCUUUGCCGACGAGAUGGUGCGCCAGCGAUGGGGGGGCAAGCAUACCUAUGAGUUCUGGAUGGGCUCGGGCAUGCACAUCGGGCUGUAUCUCUCGCCGGAGGUUGUGGCCUUUGGCAUCACUCCGCGGGACGAGUUCCUGGACCCCAACAAGGUCGCGAAAGAGUCGUGGACCCCAGACGUCGACCCGGACGAGGUCAUCGAAGUCAUGCGCCGGGCGAGGCUUCCCGGGCCCGGCGCAGGGUCCGACUGGCACCCCGUCAUCGAGGCCCUGGUGCGCACGGCACCCCGCGGCAACCUCAUCCACUGGCCACUGCGCUGGCGCAACCUGAGCCGCGACUGGGUAUCCAGUGGUGGAAGAGUUGUCCAGAUUGGCGACGCCGCCCACUCCACCGUGCCCUCCUCGGCCGCCGGCGGCACGCUCGCCCUCGAGGACGCCAUCACCCUGGCGUCCUGCCUGCAGCUGUCAGCCGUGCCCGGCUCGGCGCCCGGCCCCGGGUGCGGCGCCGGCGUCCCCUUCGGCACGCGCGUCUACAACCUGUUGAGGUACGAGCGCGCGAGCUGCACGCAGAAGAUGGCCUUUGUCAACGCCCAGGUGCUGGGCCACACCAUCGACUGGGACGACCUGAGGCGGAACCCCGAGAAGGCGCGGGUGCGCUACCCCAAGUGGCUUUUCCGGCAUGACCCGGAGGCUUAUGUCUACGAGAACUACGGCCGGGCAUUUGCACACCUGGUGAGCGGGUCCGAGUUCCGCAACACGAAUAUUCCCCCUGGUCACAAUUUUGUGCACUGGACUAUUGAGGAGAUCCACAAGCAGAUGGCGGGUGGGAAGAGGGUUGAGGAUCUAUUAGAUGGGGACUGGACGUAG